GCUCAAGAACUCAAACAUAAUGCCCUAGUGCAAAGACGCAAAACUGGAAAGCGAAAGAUUCGCAGAUACAAUCGCAACGCAGCCUAUGAACAAGAACUUCACCGGGAGGCAAACAGAAGAGCUGUUGUUCGCGCUAAACGCCAGGCCAGCAGCAAAGCUAGGGAAAGGCUGCAGCAGCAGCGAGAUCUCUCACAGGAUGUUGAUAAUGAUGACAAUUUGCUUGACGAGACUUGGAAGCUUCCAGAAGCUAAAGGAGCAGCUGGGUCUGGUAGAAAAAGCCACCAACACAUAUCAUCCAGACAUGUUGGCGCCAAGGCUGGCCCUAGAAGUCACGCAUCUUCCCAUUCUAAUAAAACCUCGGCUUCGACCUCCGGUUCACAGCGUAAAGAAGAUUACGAGUCUGAUGUGGAGAAUGUUCCGGAUGACCUUGCUGCAGAGAUGGCUUCUGAUGACAACGGUGGCAAGAAAAGGAAAGUCCGUGCGGGAAAAUGCCGUGUGCGGCGGGAGGACAAUGACCAAGACCUCAUGGAUGGACAAGAUACUUCUAGCUUAGAGGAUGACCCCGACUACGAGGACGAGAGUCGCGGCAAUGUUAUGAGCUCAAUCCCUAUAGAAAUUGUCCCGGUACCAGCAGAUGUCAGGAAGCUGACCAUCAACAAAAACUCUGGCGAGACACUGCUGCACAGAGCUGCCAGGAUUGGCCAUGAG